UCUAGUCGUGCCUAUGUUCAUAUCGAUAACCUUACGAUGUUAUGACAUUAUGAGUAAUACGAAUUUUAUAUACUAUGUUUUUGCGCGCAGUCGUUUUAGUAGGACUUGUUUAUUUCCACUAGACUUCUAUGGUCUAUUGUAACUAUUAUGGACGGACACAUUUUCGUUGGAACUCGAUGCUGAGGACUUGUUUCCCACUUUGCCGUAGAAUCGUGGUUUUCAAGUAUAUAAUCUGAAACUUAUUAACUUCAUUAUUGGCGCGCUCAAUAUUUCGCCGUUCGUUGGUUUACUUGCUCAUUUUAAAUGCUUAGUUUCAUUUUUGUUUUUUAUACGCAAACGGAUAACGAUGUUUUUCACUAGGUAGGUACCCAUUUGAAUUAUUAUUUUUCGAUAAUUUUUUUUAUAAUAUGCUGUUUGUAUAACUCAUUUAGCGGGUGUAUGUGUUGCAGUCGUUCGUAAUCUGUGUGUUCAUAAGUAACUGUUCUUGUUGAUAUUUCGUCUUUGUUAUAGUUGUUUAUAUCCAUGGUGAGUACACUUUUUUUUAUUAAAUUCAUUGCAUUUUUCUUUGCUAAAAGGAAAAUGUGUAGAUUUGUAAAACAAUUUUUACUUGGAUGUUGGUUAUUUCAUCAACUGUAUUAUAUCAGUAUUAUAAAUAUUUAUGUUGUAUUCUAAAUUUUGCUGAAGUAAAUAAUAUUUAAUUAUUAAGCUUGCCAUGAUAUUGUAGCAGUUAUCUUGUCUAUAACAAAUGUUAAAUUUGACCAUAUUUUAUAAAUAGGUAAUUAAGUACAGUCAAUCGCAUUAUGAUUUACCACACAUUGUUAUAGAAAAUAAAAUAAUAAGUUUUUAGAUAUUACUUUUAUUAAAAAUGUUUUAAAAUAAGUUACUUUGAUGAUAUCUAAUUGAAUAUUAAUUUAGUAUAUUUUUCAUUAGGUAAUAUCUUUCUGGGUAGGUAGACUUAGAAAUAUAAUUUUUUUUAAAUGGUUUUUAGGGUGCCGUUCUAGGAUAGCUGAAUAUUUGUAUGGAUAACUGGUUACAUAAAAUAUCUUUCAAACGAAAACAUUUAUAUUUUUUAAUCUUAUAAUAUAUAAAAAAGUCAGAUAUAUAAAUAUAAAUUGUGGCUUUACAUUUAAAUUUGAGUUUAUAUGCAAAUAACAAAAUUUAAACCAUAUUUUCGAGGGCUGUACCUAGCUUCUUUUCAAAAAAAUUAUAUAAAAAUUAAAACUUAAAGCCAUAUUUGUUUUUGAAUUUUUAAAUAGAUUUAAUUCUUUAAUUAUUUAUAUUUGUGAUAAAAACUAUAAUUUCAAUCUAAAUGCCACAAUUUUUAUUCUCUUUUUCUUAUACUGGGCCUCGUAUCAAUUAUCAUUCUCAAUUAUAUCUUAAUAACUCUUUUUCAGUCUUCCUAUUCUCCUCUUUCUGCUUACAUUAAUUUUCAUUUUACAUAGGCUAAAUCAAUUUAUUUUCUCCCAUUAUAUCUACUAUCAAAGCCACAAUUAUUCUACCUCUGUUAUACUCUGUCCUUAUCCUAAACUCUAGUUACUUCACUUAUCCACCUUAAAUUUUUUAUCUCUGCCACACUCAUUUUCUGUUCUAUUUGUUUGUCUACUGCCUAACAUUCCAAAUCAUAUAACGUAGUUAUUCUCACUAUACUCAUGUAGAAUUUACAGGGAAUUUACCUUCUAAUUCUCGUUGAAAUUCUCUAGUCGCUUAAAAUACCUUGCAAUUUUAUUCACUUGAUUCAAUCAUAGUUAAUUCUAUAUUUCAUAUCCCAUUAAAAGCCAUAAUUCUUUUGUCCGAUAGGUCUUAGGUAAGUACUUAAAACUUUAUUUAAUGUCAUUAUUAAUUUUAUCCUAUCAAUAUCUCAUCUUCUUCUAAACUCAUUAAACUAAUUAACAACAAAAUAAAACUUUGAUUAAAAUGCAUGUGUUUUCCCCAUAAAGAUUUUCAGCAUUAGAAUUUAACAUUGGUCAUUUUAAACAUUUCAAUUACUAUUAUAACCUUUCAUGUAUGAUUGGCAUACAGCUAAUUUACUAUAAUGUCUAUUCCACUUAAAGUAUAUGUAAUUUCUGGUUUAUUUUGUUCCUAUAUAACUUGACAGUCCUAAAUUUAUUAUUUUGCAUUGAUAAGUAAAUUUAAAGUAUAAGAUAUAUUUAUAUAUAUAUAUAUAUACUUAAUAUUUAAAACAAAUUGAUUAUCACCAUGUUUGUUUAUCUGGGUAUGUUGUGUAAGGUUCUAAUACCAUGAUCACUCAUGUGUGAUGAAUAAUGUAAAAUAAUUUUGAACAUUUGUCUUUCGUACAUUUUUCAAUUAAAGAAAAAAAAUGAAUUUAAAUCUUGCGUAGUUGAUCAGUACUUUCUCAAUUAGCAUAAAUGAAUAAAGUUAUUAACAUGCAAUAGGUGCAUUGGCUAUAGUUAUCUCAACUUAUUAAAUAUUUGUCAAAAUUGUUUUCUCUUAAUUUCAUCUUAAUUCAAUAGGUAAUAAAUAAUUAAAUUUUUUAAAUAAGCAUUUAAAAUUAUAUAAAAGUGCUUGUAGGAUUUUUAAAUAUGUAAGGCCUUUUGUUUAUAUGAAUGAAACAGAAGUUAUUUAUUGUUAUGUUCAAAACAAUGAUUAUUUUAUUUUAAUUGAUAUUAAAAAAAAAAAAAAAUGCAUAAUAAUUUUACAUAAACAUUUAAACAUUUUUUUUUUUUUUUUAAAUAACAUUUUAAAUAAUUUGAACUGUAGCUUCUGUUUAAUGCCAUUCUAUAAAUGGUAGAGUAUUGUGUAUAUGUCAAAGUAUCAAAAUGUUGUGCCAAAUAUAUAUAUGUAUAUGUAUUUACGCAUGCCUAUCUAACUACUGACCUCAUUUAAAAUAAAUCUUACCUUACUUUACUUUCCUCUCUUGCUCAAUAAUAUAUUUUUAAAUAAAUGUAUUUAAUAAUCACAUUGGUUCAUUUUAAGAUAGGUUUUAUAGGUGUUAAAAUUAAUUUUAUUUCUUAGUUACUUUUACUUAAAAGUAUACUUUUAAAUACAAAUAUUUUUUGAUAUUUAUAUUAUUACUAUUUUUGCAGACAAAUCUACCCUGAUAUUUAUAUUAUCAAUAUCUAUAAAAACCAAAAUAAAAACAAGUUAAUUGAAAAUGAAUAAUAAAUCAUACUCAAUAUUGACUAAAGAUGAGAUAAAUAAUGAGCAUAAUGGAUGUGUACCAGAAAAUUGUUUUUGUCCUUUAUGUGAUUUACAUAUGAAUAGAAUAAAGAAGUCGCGGCCACUAGAUACACAUCAAGAAAAUAAUGCUUUUUCAAUAGAUGGGAUUAAAGAACGAAGAUGUCCUAUAGAUCGUUUACAAACUAUUCGUACCAAUUUACAUCAAACAAUGGAUCAUAGUUCAGAAAGACUAUUAAAAUUACCUCCAUAUCCAAUUUUAAAUACUGAUCCUACCUUGGACAAUUUAAAUUUUUCAACCACAUUGCCAAAAACUCACUCAUUAGGUAAGAAUGUGUUUAUAUAAGCUAUUUAAAUUUAAUUUCUAUAAAUUCUGAUUAAAACGAAAUAUACAUAUUGGUGGUUACAAUUUUACUAAAUGUAUUUGUUAGUAAUUAUAUUUUAAACAUUAAUUAAUACAUAAUAGAUAAAUAAAUACUAAUAGUUAAUAUUUUUAUAUAAGGAAACAAAAUUGUAGAUUAUACAACACAAUCAAUUUAUGAUAUAGAACCAACUGAUAGACAUAGUGAAGUUUUCCAAUAUCAAAAUAAUUCAAAACGGUGGGAAGAAAAUGAAAACAAUGUUGAUCAAGAAGAAUUUAAAAAUAUUGAUCAGUUUAACUACACACCAAUUAAAAAAUAUGACAAGCUCAUGAGGCAUGGAAUUAAAGAACGAAGAUGUCCUAUAGAUCGUUUACAAUCUCUUCGUACCAAUUUACAUCAAACGAUGGAUCAUAGUUUAGAAAGACUACUUAAAUUACCUCCAUAUCCAAUUUUAGAUACUGAUCCUACUUUGGACAAUUUAAAUUUUUCAACCACAUUGCCAAAAACUCACUCAUUAGGUAAGAACGUGUUUAUGUAAUACGUUUUUAUUUGAAUUUCUAUAAAUUCUGAUUAAAACAAGAAAUAUACAUCUUGGUGGUUACUAUUUUAUUAAAUAUAUUAUUUAGUAAUUAUAUUUUAAACAUUAAUUAAUACAUAAUAGGUAAAUAAGUUCUAAUAAUUAAUAUUUGUAAAUAAGGAAACAAAAUUAUAGAUUAUGCAACACAAUCUAUGUAUGAUAUAGAACCAACUGAUAGACAUAAUGAGGUUUUCCCAUAUCACAAUAAUUCAAGACGGUGGGAAGAAAAUAAAAACAAUAUUGAUCAAGAAAAAUUUAAAAAUAUUGAUCAGUUCAACUACACACCAAUUAAGAAAUAUGAUAAGCUCAUGAGACAACCUCCUGUUCAUCGUCAGCGUAAAGUGAGUCUCAGUAGAUAAUAAUUAUUAUUUAUUUUAAAUUUAUUUAUGUGUUAUUAUUUUGUUUAGCUAUUACCAACAGUUCCUCCUAAACCUCUUAACUGUACAAAUUCUGUAGUAAAGACAGGUGGCUCAUCUGGAAUCACAAAUGGUCAUUUGAAUAGUCAAAAUUCAAUUAAUAAAGAUCUCAUGAACAUUCCAAAUCAAAAAUGUCUUUUAAAUCAUGUAGGAAUGUCUACAAUGCCUGAAGAAACAAAGGAAUCAUUAAUGGCUACUAAUGAUGACAAUGGGAUUAAUAUAAGUGACCCUAUAAGCCCCAAAACAGAAUCAAUACUUAAAAAUAAUGACAACUUCAAAAAAGAACAAGUAAAUUUAUCUGAUAGAAAUAAUAAAAAAUUAACUCUAAAGACAAGAAAGAGAGUUGAAAUUUUAAAUAAUACUACUGUGUUUCCUGUUAAGUAAGAAUAAAAUAAAUUAAACUAUAAAAUAUUUUAUUUUAUAUCUAAUUAUUUUAUUUCAGUUCUUUGAAUAAUCAUUUAUUAAAUUCAUCCGUGGAACUGACAUCUGAAAGUAAAUAAUAUAUUAAACUCUAUACUAUGAAUUAUUUGUUUAUUUUGAUGGUUUAUUGUUUUUAAUAAUAGAUACACAAACAAAUUUAAAAUCUACGAUAGUACAAAUCCCUAACCAGAAUUUAGAACUAGAUCAUAUCCCCAUUGAACAAAAUAACUUAGGUUUCGAUCAUAUGUUUUCAGGUAUUCAAAUAAAAAAAAAUAUUUAGUAACUGAUUUUUAUUAAUGAUAAAUGAUUUAUUUGAUAAUCUUCAAUACAAUCAAAUCAAAUUACAGAUCCUCAAAACCGAAAAAGUAAUUCUGAACAGCAUUCAGCAUUAAGAUCUAGUUUAUUUUCAAAUGUGCCACCUUACAUUAGAUUUACUUCCCAUGAUGUAAAAGGUAAUUAAUUUAUUAAUAUUUAUAAGUUUAUAUUUUAUCAAAUAUUAUUAUUGUGUUUUUUAAAUAUUUUAGGAGAAUCUUUUCCAUUACCUUUGCAAAGGUUACUAAAGUGGAAACUAAGUUCCAUUACUCCUAUUGUUGUACGCCGUACUAUUCAAAACAGUGGUUUUAAACUAGUUAGAAGUGAGUAUAGCGUAGUUCUUAAUGAAAACGAUGCUUCUGUCAUAACAAACCAAUCCAAUCAAAAUAUAAUUUCCUUACAAAAUUAUUGUGGUGUUGCAGCUCCUAUUGUUGAUGCAUUUAGUGGUUCCUAUUCUUUAUCUAAUAAAUUAAUGCUGAUUCCCCGUUCCCGUGAGUUUAUUUCUUAUAUUUUUCCUUAAUUUCUGUUUGGUUUUAUGUUUGUUAAAUAUAUGUAUUAUUUUAUUUGAGUUCAUUAUUAUUAUUUAGAAUCUAAUGAUUGGUUUGGUACUUGGGGUAAACAUAUGAAAUCAUUAUGUUUCAAAACACUUCGUGAACAGCAAAAAUUUAACCAUUUUCCUGGCACUUUUCAAAUUGGACGCAAAGAUAGGUUGUGGAUAAACUUACAUAGACUUAUGUUAAAGUAUGGUAAAAAUCAAUUUGGUUUUAUACCCACAUCGUACAUACUACCACAAGAAGCUACAUUAUUACGAAAAGUGUGGGAUGAAUGUGGAAAUGAUGGGGAUAAGUGGAUUGUAAAACCGGUAUUAUUUUUAAUUUAACCCCUAUAGUUUUUGAACAUUAAUUAUCAAUAAUAAUUUUCUUUUUAGCCAGCAUCAGCUAGAGGAACUGGAAUUCGUGUGAUAUCAAAAUGGAAUCAAAUACCUAAGAAAGUUCCUUUGGUUGUUCAAAGGUACAUUGACAAUCCAUAUUUAAUCAAUGAUACUAAAUUUGAUUUAAGAUUAUAUAUUCUCAUUACUUCGAUUAAUCCACUUCGAUUAUAUUUGUAUGACAAUGGGCUUGUACGAUUUGCUUCAGGUUCAAUAUUUUUUAUUAUUAUAUAACUUAAAUGUUUUACUUAUUUAUUUUUAAUUUUAGUUAAGUAUUCAUCUGAUCUUAAUACUAUAUCUGACCGUUAUAUGCAUUUAACAAACUACAGUAUUAACAGACUUAGUAGUCAAUAUACUCAAAAUGAAGAUGCUGAUGCUUGUCAAGGUCAUAAAUGGUACAUGUUUUAUACUAAAUAGAUUUAUUUUAGUGAUACCAUUCUAUUAUUUUUAUCUAAUACUAUUGUAAUUAUGAUUUAGGACAUUGAAAUCAUUAUGGUCAUACAUGGAGAAAGAAAGAAAAAUUGAAGUUAAAAAACUAUGGGAAAGUUUAGCAGAUUUAGUUGUCAAAACAGUUAUCAGUGGUGAAUCACCAAUGAGUCAAAUGUGUCGUUCAAAUUUAAGUAAUAGAUAUAAUGCUUAUGAGUUAUUUGGAAUUGAUGUUUUAUUUGAUGAAUAUUUAAAACCUUGGAUACUAGAAGUAAUUUUUUCAAAUUUGCAAAUUCAACUUUUUGGAAAAUAUAAUAAUUUUAUACAUUAUGUUGAUAGGUAAACAUAUCUCCUUCGCUUCAUUCAUCAUCUCCACUUGACUUGGCUGUGAAAGGCCCAUUAGUUAAAGAUCUAAUGAAUAUGGUUGGUUAUCAUAUACCAAACAAAAUGUCUCCUAGUACCCAAGUAAGUUAUAAGCUCAUACAAAUAUUUAAUACAUUACGUUUUAAUUAAUUAUUAAUUAAAUUAAAAUAUUUGUUGUAUAGAAUACUUUAAUGAAAACGUUAGGAGUUCACUCUCCAUUAUGUUAUGAUAAAAGGUUGUAUACAUUCAAUUUAUCAGCUAAAGAACGUGAUAAACAAGAAUAUUAUACAAAUGUUGAAUCUAGAGAGGAAGUAAUACAUUUAGUUAUGAUUCAAUUAUUUGCAUACAAAUUAUUAAUUAAUGACAAAUAUUUUUGAUUUUCAUAGUAUAUUAAUAGCAUAUUAGAUGAUCUAUUACCAGAUGAUGUUCGACAUCUUAUUGCAUAUGAAGAUGAACUUACACAAGUAGGAUCGUAUGUAUUUGUGUUUAUAAAUAAUUAGUGAUGUAUUAUAAUAAUAAAGGGACUAUAUCAUAUUCAAUUUUUUAUUUAUAACAGUUAGAAACUUGUCACACACAUUAGUUCUUGUUAUUUGCAAUAGGCACUUUCCCUAGGUAAAACACAACAUAUUAGUGUUAAAUACUGUAACGUAUAGUGUAUUUUUUACUAAGCAUUGAUACUAUCUGGUUGUACGUUGGGGUGUAACUGCGAAUAGAGUUAAGUCAUUGGAGAGAGUAGCUACUUGUUUAUAAAUAAACCUCAGUUCUAUUCACUCUUACUCUCAUUAUUGGUACUGUUGGUGUGGGUGUAAAUGAGUGAAUAAGUAAUAAGCACCAAGUUUUUUUAGCAAUCGUUUUAUUUUGUUAAUGGAUGUUUGCGUAUAGUAGAAGUCUUUGAUUGACAUAUUUUAUUAAUCUUUGGUUUAUGUGACCUUUAGGACCUCAUACCACAUCUGAGAUUUUUCUUCAUUUACGAUAGUUUCAGGUGUCUGGUGUAUUGUUGAUACCAAAAUAAAAAAAAAAAAAAAAAGCAAGCACUGAUUCACACAAUUGAAAUUCUUCAGUUUUCUGUUGCUCAAUUCGUCUUAUUUCAUUCUUGGUAUUUUUUGCUACCUGCUACCUACAGAAAUAAGUUUCCGCUAAGCCAUACAUAUCUAGCGUCUUGAAGUUUUUCUUUUUUGAUAACUUACAAAUGGCUUGAUGUUAGCACAUUUGUGCAUUCACAGUUUUCUGUAGUUAAUCAACAUUCUCUGUAGUCCUUCCUUUCCGAUUGUAUUCAGUUAAUAAUUUUACAUGUAUCAAAGUUAAACCAUAUCUUUAUGGGAGUGAUUCAGUGUAUUGCUUGUUUCUGUCACUUUCUAAUCUUGUUACUAUUAGCAGUUAUGUGAUUAUAAUCACAAUUCGACUACCUGGUUAAGUAUCCAAAUCUGGAGGUUUUUUCAUUAAAAGUCAGAUAUUAACAGGAGAAGCUAUUUUAACAAAUCUGGGUUAUUUUCAAUUAAAAGUCAUGAGUUGUACUUUGAACACGCAACACAUCCAUCAGCCAUAAAUAUUGUUACUCGAGUGCAAGCUAAUGUAGGAUUUCAAUAAAAAAUAAGCCCCCGAAUAGUUAGUAAAACCAUAUUAGAAUGUAAUAGAGGACUAUAAAUAAUAGUCAUUUAAGGUAGUCGAGAUAACUGAAUUGUGAUACCUAUUGGUUAUUUAUCAUACAUAGGUAGGCGAAAUAUUUAAAAAGUACCGUUAUGAUAAAUAGUUUUUUAGAUUUUAGUCUGUUAAUAGUUUGAACUUCUUCAAACUUGGUGAGUACUUCUCUUAUAUCUGGGGGAGCAAUCAAACUCAAAAUCUAUUUUUUUUUCUUUUUCUAUUGGUGUAAGUAUUUGACAGUUAAUAAUUAUUCUAUUUGUAUUGUGCAGGGCCAUGUCUACUCAUUUGUCAUGUGUAAACUAUUAUCAUACUAAACUGGCAUACUCUGUCUGAAUAACAAAAGGCUAGACUAGACAUUUAAUGUGCCUUUGAGUAAACGCCCCAUUUUGUCCUUUUUAACUUUUGGAGUAUAUUAUUUCUUGUUGCGAUUUUUUUACCGGUAUCCUUGAAAUGUAGUUUAUAUGUUGGAGCAGAAUCUAGUUUUAAUUUUAAGUUUUAGUGUUAUCCAGAUCUAUUUUUACCCCUUGUUAAUCAAUAUUUAUUUUUCUCUAAAUAUUUAAGAUGAUAUACACAUAGUUGUGUCUUGUUUAGAUUUGGUUUUAAAUAGUUUCAUUCAUAGAAUUCGGAUUAAUUUCACUAAAGAUUUUGAAAUUAUUUCUUUAUGCAGCUAUUGCUAGGUCAUCAGCAUAUAAAAAAUGCCUCGUUGCAGAUUCUCUCAAUUGAUCAUUUGUAUAUAUAUUAAAAAGCAUUAAAUACGCUGCUUUGAGUUAGGCCAUUAUAUUAUUUCUUUCAAACAUUAAAAUACUUUUAUAUUAAUUUAAAACAGUUAUAGUUAAUAAUAUCGAACUAUAUUUUUUAUAACAUUGUUAUUUGCUGCUUAAAUAAAAAUCAAUAAUUUAGUAAAGUAAAAGUAAUUAAAUAAUUGUUGGUCCCUUUAUAGUCACUAUGAUAAUUGUGUAUAUUCCAGAAACAUAUCAAUACACCGCUUUAUAUAUAAUAUUAUAAUAAAUAGUAUGUAUGAAAAACUUAUUAUACUAUUUUUAAUUUUUAGAUUUCAAAAAGUAUUUCCUACUACUUCAUCUUUUAAAUAUCAUCAAUACUUUGAUGGCCCAAGGUAUUACAAUAUGCUUUUUGAUGCUUGGGAAUGUAAAUAUAGUAACAAAAGAGAAGAAGGUAAGAAUUAAAAUUUUUGUUCUCAAUGUCAACAUUUAAAUAUUAAUAUAGUUGGUUUUAUCAAAAGGUGAAUUGUUUACGACAGGGGGGGACAAGUACCACUAGAUUUGUCUCGGAAGUUUUUUAUAUUCUUAUUUACAUAUCUGUUUAUAUUUUAUAUUUCUGUGAAAAAUUAAUGUGUACCAUCCAUUUGAUUUUUGAAAAUAAUAUAAUAAAUUAAUAGUGUACCAAAUUUAAAAGAAACAACUUAAAUGUUAAUAAAAAAUCAGGCUGGGCAAGGUUGGAUUACAUUAGGACCUUGCUGGGUCAAGAAUUGUUGACUUAAGGCUUCUAGUAAAUAAAGACUGUUUUUGAUUUAAAAAAACCAUCAGGCAAUAGAUCAUCUAAGACAAAAAUAUAAUUUGCACCUGAAUAUAAAAUAGGAGGAAUACAUGGAAAAAAUCACUAUUUUUUAGCAGAUUUAACCAAUUUUCUUAGAAGAGAUUGUAAAAUGCGAUACGGUAACAUAUAUUUAAGUAUGCAUUAUUUAUUAUAUGAGAUUUAAAGAAUAUUUUAAAUUCUAUUGGUACAUUGAAGAUGUUUUAAACUUAUUUUCCUUAACUUUAUAAAUAUGCAAUUCAUCUAAUGCAUAAUAAAUGUAAACAUUGUCUUUCCUAUUAAAAAUCUCUUCAGUCAUUAUUUAUAUAAAAAUUACCAUUAUUACUAUUUUCUUAAAUAGAAAAUUAGAAUUAGACUUUGCCUGUUCCAUUAUCUAAAUAUGAUUUUUAAAUAGAAAUCCUUCGUAUUUCCUAAGGAGAUUGGUGUAUGUUACAAAUUGAUAAAACUCCGUAUUAUUAAGGUUUUAUGCAUUAUACUUCGAUUAAGUACUUUCAAAAUUGAUAAUAUUGGGCACUUAACAUGCAUAUACAUCAAUUUCAAUGAAUUCCAUUUAGUUUUUUUCCUUUCCUGAUUUUUUUUUUUUUUAUAACAGACCAAUCUCUUUGAUAGGUCUAUAAUUCUUGGCAUGGCUAGAUUGUAGUAUAAUUUGGUGUGACCAGAUUUUUUGUGUAUAUAAAAGUCCAACCCUGGUAAGUCCAGUUAAAAUAUUUUUCAAAACUGUCUGGAUUUAAUGCUGGAUUAAAAGCCCUCUUCCCUUUAAAAGUCUGCUAGUUUACUAUUCAGUUUGUGAUACAAUACAUAUUAUCAAUAUUAAUAGUUUUAGUUCAAGGUCACCUAUUUAUUUAACACUGGAAUAUUGGGAGUUUCAGAACUAGUAAUAUUGAGUUAAAAAAAAAUUUAGAAUGAUCCAUAUGUGUUUUUGUAAAAAAAGCCUAGCCUGACAUAUAAUAAAUUUAAAAAAAAAACUGACCCUUGCAGAUCUUCAGUAUUUACUUAUAAUCAUUAUUAAGAAGGUUUUCAAUCUAUUAUAAUUCAAGUCUCCUUUUAAACUAUUACAUAAGAUUACGCAUUCUUUUACAUCACCACUAUAAGAUGUGAGUACAUAAUAUAUUUUUAUAUACAUUUUUUUGGUUGAAUUUUGCAUUUCAAAUUCUGAAUUGGAAUUUUUAAGUGUAGUUAAAGCCUAUAUUUUCGAAUACUUCAUGACAUUUGAAGAAUACCCUGUGGCAAUACCAACUUUGGUUUUUCAAAUGAGACUAUUAAAAAUAUUAUUAAUAGUUCAUAUAUUACAAUAAUACAUUUUGGUGUGAACAUUUUUGAUUUCCGUCAACCCGUUAUCGAGAUAUCCUCUUUUAAGUAUAGGUAAGGGGAGAGUAGUGGAGUAUCAUUUAUGUAGCAGCACAGCUCGUGGCGUUUUAUUAGUGCUCCACUACUCUCCCCUUGUCUAAACUUAAAAGUAAAAUAUUAAUCUCCUUAUUAAUAGGUUGAUGGAAAUCAAAAAUUUUACAUGAUAUUCUUUAAAUGUUGUGAAAAAUCUAAGUAUUUAAAAAUAAUCAGCUUUAACUACAUUUAAAAAUUCCGAAAAUUACAAUUUAACCAAAAAAAUUGGUUGAGCACUUUUAGUGAAUCAUCCUGUAUGUAAUGUAUUCUGUGAGUAACACAAAUUGUCACUUCUUACCUGAAAUUUCGUCUCACCCCCAAGUGAAGAACCGUUGUUUUUUAAUACUCCAGGCUUCGUUUUGUUAUUUUUCUUUUUAUAUUUAUUAAUUAAUUUAUUUGUAUUGUAAAUAUACCUAUUUAAUUUUUAAUAUUAUUUUGUGGCUUUUGUACAUGGGCAAAUAUAAAAAAAAAAAACCUGAUACUAGGGAUGGGUGUGCCACUUUUAUAGGUGGAAAUUUGUGUAGGUAGGAUACAAAGUUAUUUAAUUUGAAUCUGUAAGCAUUGAAAAACAAUUCAAAGUGAAAUUUUUUUUUGAAAAGCCAUAAUAUUUACAAUUUUAUACUAAAAUUAUUAUAAGAAAAAUUCAAGCAAAUAUAAGUUUUGAUCAAAAUGUCAAAUCUACAAAUAUUUUUAAUUGAAUUCCAAAAAAAAAAAAAAAAUAAAAAAAGCAUUGUUAUUUUUCUAAUCUUUCAGUUUUCUUAGUUCUUAAAAAACUUACGAACAAAAUUAAAAAUAUAUUCUUACUCACCAACUAGAUUAAAAUUGCAACAAAAGAGAUCCCAUGUCAUUUAUUGGAACAAUGUUUUUUAUAAGAGACAAAAUACUUAAACAUUUAAAAUAAUGAAAUUGUACACGCAUUGUUCAUUUUUUAUUUUUCUCCUUUUUUCGGUUUUCCCAAUUAUUAUGACAACUACUUGGAAAUUCAAAAAACUAAUUUCUUCAUGAGUAUCUUAUUCUAAAAUGCAAUAAAAAGGGUUUCUAGUUGUUUUUCUGUUGGGGCAUAUUUCUGGUUAAAAAUAUAGUUGGUAAAAAUUAAAAGCAAUGAAAUCGGUAAUGCUAUUGCUCGCCAUUAAUAUUUACCAUUUUAACUAUAAUUUUAUUUCUGGUUCUUCUUUAUUAUUUUGAAACCCCUUUGCAGGGUGGAAGUAAGUCACUUUUAGUCACUUAUUUUGAAAUUAAGUCUCUUUAUAUCCAUAUUUGCCUAAAUAUGAAAUAUUUGUUACCUAUUUGUUAUUACUCCUUACAUGUUUAUAAAUAAGUGCGUUUGUAAUUUUUUUCUAUAUAAAAUAAAAAAAAAUUUUAGUAUUUUAAUAAUAUCUACAGAAUUAAUGAUUAUUAUCAUGACCAAAUAUUGAAUAAGAAUAUACUUUUCAUAGAGUAACUUUAUGGUAGAUAGUAUUGCUCUUGCCAUCUCGUUAAAACGUUAUCAGUAAGGCUGUCAAUUUGUUCGAAAGACCAUUUUUUCUAGCUGAUUGUAAAAUGUAGCUUUCUAUCAAAAAACAAGUAUAUAAUUUAAAAAUUAUGUAACAACAAAUUCAUUUAUGAAAUUUUUAUUUUGCAUUUUUUUUUUAAAUUUAUAAGGUAAUUUUUUGAAUUUUUUAAGUCAUAUUUUUCUUUUUAGUUCAUUUUCCAGUAUUUUUAAUCAAAUUCCGUCAAUUCACAUCUUUACACACAUUUGUUUUACACAGGCUGUAUUUACGUAAAAUUUAUAUUUUAUAAAAUAAUAUUUUCCAUAAGCUGUAUUCUGGUUAGGUAAAAAUAAGGAUUCAAUAAAAAAAGACAAUAUUGCUUAGAUUAAUUAUUUGUAGGCUUGCAAAAUAUCAGUAAAAUCAAAAUUAAAUUAAAAACCAUUUUGCGUGCAUUUUUUGAUAUUUUAAAUGCAUUAUUUUAUUACAUGUUUUGUGAAUUUUUAAGGUUUUUCACUGCAUUAAAUUCACAGCUCUAAUUAUGAGUAAACAGUUAGCACAUGUAUUGCUCAUGGUUACAAUGGCAAAACAUGCCUAUUAAUAAUAUUUUUCACUAGUGUGUAUUGUUCUGAUUUAUUUUUACUAUCAUAAAGCCAUAAAAUUAUAAAAUAUGCUAUGAGAAUUUGUGGUUUUAGUCCAUUGUUUAAUUUAACAAGUUAAUAUAAGAAUAGAAAACUAUAAUGGGUAAAUGCUUUUUCAGUGAAGAUUGGCUUUCAAAAACUAUGUAUUAGAUACAUAUGUUAUAAUUUUCAUUAUUAUUUUUGUUAAUUUAUUUUUUUAAAUCUAUUAUCUACACAAAGAUAAGUGUAAAAACAUGGUAUUGUUAUAAAAUAAAAAUAAAGGAAGUCCCUAACACUGAUCAUGAAUAUAGGUAUUUAUUCCAUUCUAUAUUAUUAAUUUAAAGUUUUAUGAUUUAAUUAUGAGUUAUUGAAAUUUGUGUUUAUUGUGUUUGAAAUUUUUAUAGAAAUAAGUAAGUAAGAAUCAUUUAAAUUAUAUUAUAAAAAGAUUCAAAGAAAAAUGUUUAAUAACAGUAAGUUGUUAGAAAACAUACUUGUAUAGGUCACUUUUUGAUUACUUUUAUGAUUAAAUUUGGUCACUAAAUUACUUUCCUUUGGAACUUUAACCACUUCCAGCCCUGCCUAUAGAAAAUCAAAAAAUGACCAUUCUUGUACAUCAAAUUGAUAAAAUUUCCUUUCAGAAUUAGGUCUUACACUUGAUACAUCGAAGUAAGAUUUAUUUUAUUAGAGUUUUUUAGUUGCCCCGUUUUAAUCAAAAUGAGUAUGGUUAUACAUUAGAAUUUGAAUCAAACAAGUGUGUCCAUAUUAGGCGGUUGGCCACAUUAAGUGAAAACCACUGUAUAACACACCAUAUGAAUUUGUUAAAUCUAAAACUACCAGGAGAUGAAAAACUCAUCAAUACUUUGUUUGGUAUAAUAAAAGCUUUUCAAAAUAAAUUAUUUCAUUUCUAUACUAGGUUAAAAAAACUUACUUUCUUAUUUUGAAUGUUAUGCUUUUUUUUUUUUUUUAAAAAAGAUUGUGGUGUAUUUCCAAAAAAGACUUGUGAUUCAAAAUAAAAUACAUUCAUGCAAAUGAAUAACAAAUUUCUUUUAAAAUCCUUUUACCAUAUAUUCAGACUAUUUUUCAAUUUCUUCUUUGCAAUUAAAAAUUAUCAAAUUAUAAUCUUAUAAACAUAUGUAAUUGCAAUUUAAUCUCUAAAAACCGUAUUUUGAAUUUUAUUCAAAUCUAUUUAAAGAACAUUUUCCACGAGUUUAGCAAUUUGUAGCCAAGAUAUCUAGUAUAAUUUGGUUUAACAUAUAUUUGUGAGCAAGUAUUUUCAACUAGGAAAAUCAAUAAAAGUAAUGCAUGACAAAUCAAUAUUUUAAAGUUUAAAUUAAUUUGAUCUAGAGAAUCUAUAAAUGUUCUAAAUUAGGAAGGGUGGAAAUAUAAUUUUGUAUUUAUAUAUGUAUAUUUAUAAACAGGUGUAACAGAACUAUUUAAUAAUUAAUGUAACUUUUUCUAUCAAAUAUAUAAAAUUUAGAUUUUGUAUUAUUAUUUUUAUUUUUUUACCAUUCCAGAUUAUUUUAUAAAUUAUUUUUUAAAAAAAAUUGAAUUUUAAUAAAAUUAAAAAUGUUUUUUCUUGCUAAUUAUAAAUAAUAAACGUUUACCAAACACUCAGCUUAAAUAAGAAUAUUAUCAAAUUUAAUAAUAUUUCAUGAAAACAUUUUUCUUAUCACCCAUAUUAAAGGACCAUCUUUAAAUAAAAAUAAUAAUAUAUAUAUCAGCAUAUUUAUUGUUUUACAUAAUUAUCCCAUUAUAUAACUAGGUAUUAUAGUAUGUAUAUAUAUUAUUUUCAAGGUAUUGCUAUGCUAGAUAUGUUAUGUCAAUCAAAAGUUCACUUAGAAGUGCCAGAUAACGACGAAGAGCAAUCAAAAGUAAUAUUUUAAUUAACUAAAAAAUAAUUUAUAAGUAUUUUUAAAAAAACAAAAAUAUAAAUUUUAUGUGUCAUAAAUUUGGUAACAUAUUAUUAUUAUUUUUGGAAAGAAGUACACUUGUUCAGUUGAAAUAUUCACAAUUAGUUUGGUACUUGUUUACAAACUUUAGUUUGAAAAGUAUGAUUUCUAUUGAUUUAAUAUCUGAUUAAAAUUAAUCAGCAUAAUGUUAGGCAAUUUUAUUUAUAUGGCACUUGGUACUUAAUCUAACUAUAUUUGAUUUUUACAAAUGCAUAAAUAUUGAAAUAUGAAUUGAUCAUUUACUUUUAAACAGGUUUAUUGUAUUUGAGAUUAUAAGUUUUAAUAAAUUGUGGUUUUAAAAAAAUAAUUUUAUUUGAAACUCGCAAAAAAUAUAAAAUAAUAAUAAAAAUACUGAUUUAUUAUAUUUGAGAAUUUUGGAAUUUUUUUAUAUGGAAACAAUUUUUAAUUUAAAUUACUUAUAUUAAAUAUUUUUUAUUAUGUUAUAUAUUGUGUAGUUUACUACAAAAUUGAUAGGUUUGAAAUAAUUAUAUAAUUAUCUUAAGAUUUUUAAAAUAUAUUUAUACUUCUAAUUAUAACUUUAAUUAUUGAAUAUUGUUUAAUUAAUACUUUAACAAUUUUGAUGAUUUUUAUUUAUUAUACAUAUUUUGUUUUUGUAAUCAAGUUAAUUAUUCAAUUAAUUAAUUCUUUAUGCUUUUACUAAUGAUUAAGGAGCCAAUUAUGUGGUGCUUCAGAAAUGCAUAUUUCGCCUAUAAAAAUGUUAAAUGUUGUAAGUGGGUGGUAUUUUUUAUAUGGAGUUUUCUUAGCAUGUGAGUUGGAGUGUUUUAAUCACCAUGAAGUAAUUAUGAAACUAGUAUAGCCUUAAAAUAUAAUUUAGAAAAUGGUUACUGUUUCAUUUUAUAUUAGGUUAUUUUAUAUGAAAUAAUUUUUUUCUAUACAAUUAUUCACGUGUUAUUAUUUGAUAUGGGUUAACUUUUUGAUUUUUAAGUUACAGUAAUCAUAAUGAAUAAAAAAAAAAAAACAUUUAAAUUUUUUUAGUUAAAUAAACAUUUAUUACAUAUUACUUUAUGUUGAAACAAUUUUUAUUAAAUUAUAAGUAUUUAAAUUUAUUUAAUUAACAUCUAUAAAUAAAUAUUUUGCAUUGAUAUAAUGGCUUAAUAUAACUUAUGAUUUUUCUCAUAAUAUAUUUUCAACAAAAUUAUCUACUUUGAAAAUAAAAAUUCUGUAGUAAAAAAUUACUUAAUUAUUAUUAUUAUUUUAUUCAAAAUACAGACAGUAAUAUUAUUUUUAGAGUUUGCAACAAUUGGUAAAUCAUAUUAUAUUAAAUUGUGUGACAUUAGUUUUAAAUUAGGUAAAAUAAGUUAUUACUAUUUAAAUUGUUGGUUGUGCCCUGUAGAAUUAACUAAUUACAAUUAAUUUAUUACAGGCCGUUAGUAGAUAUAAUUAAAUUAAACUUACUCAGUAUUUUAUAUACAUAUUAUAUUAAAUUUAGAUAAACUAAAAUGUUCAAAUGCUGUAAUUAAAGUUUUAAAGUUUUGUAAAUUGAAUUGAUUGUUUAUUAAUGGAUUGAUUUAAGUUAUAGAUUAUUUAUUUUUAUUUUCAUCAGUAUUUUAUACUGUUGUCCAUAAAGAUAAAAUUGGACAAAAUAAAUAUUUAAAUGAGAUGUGUGUAUAAGGAUUAAAUGUGAAUGUACUUUCUAUAAAUAUUCAAAUAUGUUCUAUAAAUCCAAAUUUUCAGGAAGAAUAAAAAACUGACUAUGAUAUUAUUGAAACAAAUGAUAUAUUAGAUAAGCUUUGAUGACAUUUUGAUUGUGCGCGGUAAACCUGUAAAUCAUUUCUCAUAACUUAUUAUAACUAGAAGGUCACAAGUUUUGAAAAACAUAUUUAUUAAUAAUAUAAACUGAAUUAAAAAUUUUUGACAUUAGCCAUAAGGGUUUAGUCAAUAUAUUAUAUUAUAGAAAAAUUUUUGGUAAAUGCUAACAUUUUAAAACAGUGAAAACUAAAAAAGUUAAGACAUACUUUGAACAAGUGCUGUAAAUGUUAAAGUUUAUAAUUAGCUGUUUAAUGGAAUUUGGAGUGGGCUGAUCCUAUACACAAUUUAGAGCAACACCUCGGGAUAUACACCACUGCUUUGUACCAUGGGUAUCAAUGAUUUUCUUAGGAAGUUAGAUAUGGAUGAUUUAGUUUAUAUUAAUGUAAAUAACGAUAUAUCUUAUACCAAACAAUAAAUAAUUCAAAGUUGAGUUCAAUUAAACAUUGUUUUAUUUCUUUAACAUAUUGUGUAACCUCUAUAAUGGGCUGACAAAGCUUGUUACUUCAUCAAUUUAAGAUACUAAGAUUUUAUUAUAUUUUCAAACUAACUGAUCUGUUACAACUAUUUAAUUUGUAUACUUUUUGUAAACUCUUUAAUCAAGAGAACCAGAAGUCUAUAAAGAAAAAUUAAAUAUUUUUAUUUGAAGUCAAAAAUUCUAGUAUAGAGAGGAUGAAAUUUGAAAAAUCUAGAAAAUCUAAAAAAAUAUUUCAAUUAAAGUGUACCACCAGGCAGAAAAACUGCAUAAUUUAAGAGACAAUGUGAAAAUUUGAACAUUUUUAGUUAUAUAUUUCCUAAAAAAAAAAAAAAAUAAUAUGUUUAAUUAAUAUAACUCCUUUGAACUACUUCAGAAUUGUAAAUAAAAUUAUACAUUCGGUAACAAGAAAAAAGUUGGGAAUACCUAACACCACUGUUAGAUUUUGAUUUAGGUAGUAAGAUAGGACAUAGGGCAAACUUUAUACAAAAAACAAUAAUAAAUCAUUACAAAUCAAAUACGAUUCUGAGUGAAUUAACUUAUCUGGUUUAACUAAUUGUUAAGGGCAUUUUUUCCAUUUGUCACCAAUGAGCCCAAAUGUUCACCAAAAAUAAAAACUGAGUUAAAAAUUCAAGUGAACAAUGCAUAUUCAUGUAGAAUUUAAAAUUUAAAUUUUUGACCAAAAUUAUAUCAAACAUAUAUUAACUUAUGAUUAAGAGUUCAGACUUUUGUGUCCCAUUGAUUUCAUCCCAAACUCGCGUAUAAGAAUUUGUUAUCGGUUUUUUUCUAAUUAUUAAAAUAAAAAAAAUAUGGAUAAAUAAAAUUGACCUGUGCACUAACCAUAUAAAAAAUGCUAAUAAAAACUCAAUAAAACUAAUAUUUUUCUAGUCCACUCAGAAUCUUUAAAAUAAUAUAUAAAUAUGAAUUCAUUGUGAUCAUACCGUUUCGAUUAUUUUAUUUAUUUUACUAAAAACAAAAACAAAAAAAGAAUUCAAAUAUAAGUUUUACUUCAUAAAUCCACUUUUUAUUUUUUCUCUAAUGAAAAUGACAUGGUUUUACAAGAAAAAUUAAAAAAUAUUAUUUAAGGUAGUAUUCAAUGUUAUAUUAUGAUAAUGAAAUUAAUAUACAUUAUAUUUUAAGUAAAAAAUGGUUUUGUCCAAUUUUGUAAAAAACAAAGAAAUUAGUGUUUUGCCAAAAAAAAUAAAAAUAUAUGAAUUGUUUUACUUUUAAGUUAAUUUUAGUAGUAUAAAUUAUAAAUAAAAAACAAAAAAAUUACAAUAGAUAAGUAGCCCAUAGGAUAAAGAUAUUAACAUUGCAUGGGCUAUUAGUCUAUUGUAUAAUCAAUGAUAAUACAUAUAAAUUCAAAUUUGAUUGACUUAACAUCCAUUCAUUAAUAUUAUUUUCACUUAAUUAGAUUAGUCAUUAUUAGGUUAGUUAAUAUUAGUAUUAUAAGUUUAGUUAAUAUGUAAAGGGUAUUGGUAGAUAAUAAUUUUUUUUUUCAAUUUUAUUUUAUUUAAGAAAAAUUACUCACAAUUCUUGUUUAAAAAUGAAUAAUUGAAAUUAAUAGUAUUAUUAUUCAAAUUGCAGUUUUUAUAUCAAAAAUAAUUUACUAGUUAUACAAAUACCACCAAAAAUCAAUGACAAUUUAAUUUUUGACAUCAAAUUUAAAAUUAAAGUAAUAAAAUACAGUGUGAUUAAUAUACUGUAAGACAUUCAUGAAUUGGAAAUUUUUUUUUUAGUUUUGGGGGAAACAACCCACUUUUGAUUUUCAAAUAGUAACCUCUAUUAAAAAAUAAAUAAUUAUAUCGACUAUUAGUUUAAAAUUUAAAUACAUUCCAAUAUUGACAUUUUUAAUUUCUGUCAAUAAACCCUAAUAGUUUCGGGUCAAAGUAGUGGAUCAUUUGUGUGCUUACAUUUAUAUUAAUGUUCUACUGCACUUCUUUUACCAAAACUUAAAAUCUCGUAAAUGGUCUAAUGAAAAUUAAAAAUAUCAAUACCAAAAUGUAUUUAAACUUAUUAUCUAUAUAUAUAGAAUUUUUAGUUACUACUUUUUGUGGAAUUUACCUUUAGCACAACUAUUAUGCCACUACCCUUUAUGUAUUCAUUAACCAUUAUUUAGUUUAUUUUUAUUUUUUGUAAGUUAUUAAUAUUUUGUUUUCUUCUGAUUAGAUUUACGACACCCUCCAAAAUACACAAAUGGAAGUUGAAAAAAUGUUUGAGAAAACUGGCAGUGAUAAAAUAAGUGACCAUCAUCAAGCGGUCAUCAGGUAAUCUGAUUACUGAUUAUGUACACUUAUGUAUAUUAUUUUAUUCUGAUUUUAAAAAUAUAUUAUAUUCACAAAUAUAUUUUGUAUAUUUAACUGUAUUUAGUUGUUUAGUUUAUUAUUAUUAUUGCGUAUUUCAUUUACUUUCAUUUAUUAUGUUUAUAAUUUGGCUUUUGUAAAGUUUUAAUAUUUGUAUUAUACAUUGAAGUUAACCACAAUUACUAAUAAAACUUCUAUUUUGCAAAACAUCCGUUUUUUGUUGUUACUUAAUAGUUUUUUUUUUCUUGUCUAUUUGUAUUGCAGUCAUGGGAAUAUUAAUUUUAAAUUUAAUACUAUUUAACUUAAUUGAAAUUAUUAAAUAAACCAAUUUAUUUUGAUAUGUAUUUUUUAUUUAAAUUUCAAUAUCAAAGCAAAUAGUACCCAUUACUGUCGUCUUUUUUUUUAAAUUUAUGUAGUAGAAUAAUAAUUACUUUUUUGCUAUUGUAAAUUUAUUCAAAAUACCAAUUAAUGCUUGAUGAAUUUUACUAAAUAAUAAUAAUUGUGAUUAUUAUUUAAUUAUAAAAAAAGCAUGUUCACAGUUGUUUUUUUAUAAUUCUGACAUUGGUUAAGUGUUUCAAACACUUACCUGACUUUUUUUUUUUUUUUGAUAUUUAUCAGUCAUUUUUCAAUGUCUGCUGCUGAACGCCGCCAUAUGGUAUACACAUCUAUUACAAUGUCUGAUGAAGGAGAUUGGAUUAGUGAUGAUUUUCCAUUUGAUGAUGACUCUGCAUCAGCAACCAGUCAUCCAAUGGUUUCCUGAUAUAUAACCAUGUUAAUGAAUACAAAAAAUGCCAUAACAUCAAAUAAGUUACGUUUUUAUGGUUUUGUUCAUGGUUUUUGGUCUUGGCUAAAAACACAUAUAAAUUAAUAAUAAUCGUGAGUUGUGAUAAUGUAGAUAUAUAUACUAAAAAUAGAAAACAAUAGGUUUUCUUUUUUAACUUCUUACUUUUAAAUAUUAAAACAUUAUAUGUAACAUUACUAGCUGAACAACAAUUAUAAUAUAGAUGUAUUAAAUUCUUGUGCUCAGAUAAAGCUGUUUUUUGGUUGAACAGUUUUUUUUUAAUACACUUCAAAUACUUUGAUAUACUUUACAAUGUUAUGUUUUGAAAACCAAAAUAACAAUUUAAUCCAUUAGGUAUAUUAUGGUAUAAGUAGACAUUAAUUUUUAACUGUCUUAAUUGUUGUGCUAUAAACUGUAUUAUCUACUUAAUUUAAAUAUUUUCAAGAUAAAAUGAUAUAACAAAUAUCUCCUAGGAAUAUCCAGAAAGUAAGGUUAAAAUACGUUUUAAAACUCAAAAAAAUACAUAUAUUGUAUUAAAAAUUACAGGAUUUAUUUCAAAAUAUGUCAUUAUUUCUCCACAUAAUUGUUAUUAAGAUCAAUUCAUUUUUGAAGUUUGAGCACUAACUUUUGUAUACCCUCAUUAUAAAACUUCCGCUUCAUCUCUUACUUAUUUACAGCUUCCUUGAAAUCAUUAGUUCUUAAAAAAUCGCUGGCUACCCAAAAACUCCUUCAAUUUAAUGCAAGCUGGCAAACCAAUGGUUUCAGGUCCUAGGAUUAGGACUGAUGAUUCACGGUAUCUCAUCCUAAUGAAACGAGUAGGUUCUGAGUAAGCCAGGUGGGUUUGGCUUAGUCAUGCCACGAGUCAGCUUUCUUCUACUUUGUCUUUGAUUUUUUUUCAACCUUAUUUAGGAUUUGUAGCAGCAUUGAUGAUAGUCCCUUUAAACAUUACAUCAACAAAAUUACUUUCCAGUCCUAUAAAACAGAUGCUAUGUUCUUUCUCUCUAAAACCUGAACUUGGAUAUUUUUGGCUGGGUAAUGGGUAUGGUGUCACUAUAGAGACUGCCUAUUUGACUCAGUAUAGUGAACACCCAAGUUUCAUCCCUAGUAACAACUAAUUCCAGAAAGGUUUCAUCAUUUCUUUGAUAAUGCUCAAGAAAAAACUGAGUGAAUUUGAUACCUGCUAAUGGAGCUAAUAGAUGAUAAACUGGUUGACGCAUUUGGCUGCUGCGACAGCAUUUGACAACCGACUGAAGUUGUUCUUGACUCAAUUGCUUAUUUUGACCAUAAGAACUUCUACACAUUAGUGGUAUCAACUUUGAAAAAAAAAUUCUUUGUCCUCCUCACCCGUUAUAGCCUUACUUUCUGGUUUUCCCUUGUAAUAAUAAUAAUAAUUAACAAGAAAUAGAAAACUUCAUGGAAUAUAUUAAUUUUACAUGUAUAUAUGUUUAUUUAAUGCUAAAUAAAUAAUAUGCCACUGCCAUAUGCCUGUAGUAAAUACAUUUAUAAUAUCUCAGACAUUCUGUUUUUCUUAUGUAACAUUUGUGUUACAAUAAUAAAAAAUGUGAUUUUAAGCUAAUCUUUGUUUAAUUUUAUAUUUUAUGAUAUUAUUGUUAAUUGAGACAAAUAAGUAAAUUAUAUUUAUGCUUUUUUAAACUAAUUAUUAUUUAUUUUUUAUAAAUCAUGAUUUUUUAAUAUUAGAUGGUACUAAAUAAAACCAUUUAACUUAUAAAUUCAAUUUUAAAACUAAAUUUUAUAUAUAUAUAUUUGAUGAAAUAACUUUAUUAUAUUAUUAUUAGACAUACAAUUUAAUAGACUAUCCAUUUUGCCAAAAUAACAAGUUUAUCUUAAAUAUUGAUUAAUAUUAGGUACGUUUGAAAAUUGCUCCUAUUUUUAUUUUCUUGGUGAC